AACUAAUAUAUUAAACCCCAUAGCUACCUACAUGUUUGAACCUUUUACCCUUCUAGAUUAUGUAUUUAACCCAUUAUACUUAUAGAGAGUUCUGUAGUUUAUUGAUGAAGAACUGUUCUACAGCGGGUUCUUGUAUUCUCUCAGAGAUUCAGUGUGUAAUCGUGGAUAUCAGGAGUGUGCAGCAGGUGGCAGUAUUGGGUUUACGACUCUGAGACAAACAUCAAAAAAUAGAAAGCACAUUCUGUAAGAAUUCCUGUUCUAAAUCCAGUUCCAGUAUUAGAAAUAUGUAACAAAGGAACACUCAUGUUAGCACACGCUUCAGCAUAAACACUCUUCAGCACAGGACGUGUAACUGAAGAUCUGAUUAUUUUCAAAAUGGCAACUGAGAAUAAGGUGAUCAGGUGUAAAGCGGCUGUGGCGUGGGAACCUGGGAAGCCUCUUUCUGUUGAAGAAGUGGAAGUUGCUCCACCUAAAGAGCAUGAAGUGAGAAUUAAGAUAGCAGCGACUGGUGUGUGUCACACAGACUGGAUGUAUCUGUAUGAUUGUGAGAAAGGAGUGAAGACUCUGCUGUUUCCCCUCAUUCUGGGUCACGAGGCUGCUGGUGUGGUGGAGAGCGUCGGGCCGGGGGUGACCGCUGUGCAGCCUGGUACACUAAACACACUGCUGCCAGGUGAUAAGGUGAUCCCUGUCAUCCUGCCGCAGUGUGGGGAGUGUGAGUUCUGUCUGAGCUCAAAGACAAACAUCUGCACAAAGAACUGGGAGACGCUUCAGCAGCGUGUGUUAGCUGACGGUACGAGUCGGAUCACCUGUAGGGGGCAGCAGGUGUAUCAGUUUAUUGGUGUGAGCACUUUCUCUGAAUACACGGUCGUUCCUGAAUACAACGUCACUAAGAUUCACCAAGACGCACCGCUGGAUAGAGUCUGUCUCCUCGGCUGUGGAGUGGCUACAGGAUACGGAGCGGCACUAAACACGGGCAAAGUGGAGCGUGGUUCUGUCUGUGCUGUGUUCGGUUUGGGAGCCGUCGGCCUCGCCGCUGUGAUGGGCUGUAAAGCUGCCGGAGCCUCCAGGAUCAUCGGCGUCGACAUCAACACAGAGAAACGCGAAAUCGCCAAGAAGUUCGGUGUCUCUGAGUUUGUGAACCCUAACGAUCACAGCAAACCCAUUCAGGAGGUGCUGGUGGAGAUGACGAGUGGAGGAGUGGACUACAGCUUCGAGUGUGUGGGGAACGUCACGCUUAUGAGGGCAGCGUUCGAAAGCUGCAAUGGCGCCUGGGGAACCUGUGUGAUUGUGGGAUGGACUGAAAAAAACCUACUCUCUGUGUCACCUAAGGAUCUUGUGCUGGGACGACAGCUUAAAGGAUCCUUCUUGGGUGGAUGGAAGAGUGUGUGUAGUUUACCCAAACUGGUGGAAGACUACAUGAAUGGCAGAAUUUUGCUGGAUGAGUUUGUGACACACACACUCUCUCUGGAGGAGAUUAACCACGCCUUCGAACUGAUGAUCAGUGGGAAAAGUAUCCGAUCAGUGAUAAAAAUGUGAGCUGUGAGCGUCCAAUCUCAGUUCAUUAACCAUGACGACAUCAUCAGUCACCAUGACGACUACAUCAAUCAUUCAUCACCAUGACGACAGACUCACUCUCCAGUGGGCCUCAGAGCUGCUGGUACUUCUGUAAAGUUUAAAGGAAAACACAGCGAUUCAAAAAAAUUUCAUAACAAAUUAAACUGCAGUCUGAAUUUAGAAUAAAUAUCAUCGCGUUUAUAAUAUUUUACUCUGUUGUUAUUUUACAAAUGUAGAUCUUAAUCUCAGAGGCCUGAGUGUUUAAUAUGACAUUUAAUUGCAGGCAUUUUUAACAUUUUGCCCCUGAGCCUGUCAGGUGUCAGCUUUUAGUUACUGUCGAUCUGAGCUCUGAAAUAAAAAUACAAAAUUA